UUCUAGCCGAAAGCUGGUGGUUCUGAAAAAAGCUGAAAAUGGAAGAGCAGACAGGUGGAACCAAACCGAUCAAGUGCAGCGACGACCAGAAACGUCAAAAAUAUGGAAGUGAUGGAGCAGGGUUAUCAACCGGCGAGCUUCCGAUUGGGAAUUCCGAUGCUCCUCCACAUCCUGAGGAUGAAGAUUCCCAUAUUUCUACAAGUGAAGGUUCGGGAAGCUCCGGCCAGGAAACACGGUUGGCCGGCCUGGCAGAGAGCCUGCAAAUCUUAACAAGGUCGCUGCUGACGGCGGAAAUGGAGAUUUUCAAGGCGAGGGAGAUCAUCCGCCUUGAGGAGGAAAAGAGGAGGCUGGAAUCGGAGGCGGAGAUGACUCGCAUGCUGCUUCAGUGUCAGCUCCAGAUCGCCUCGUUUCUAUCGGCCAGGCAGAGCCCCAACAACCGGAAAAGGAAGCGAGUUCAGGAAGAAGACCCGUCCUCUUCGGCCUCCUUAGAAAGGAACGGAGCUCUGCUGCUAAGUCUAAUUCAACUCAACAUGAUCACCUUUUGAAGCUGCUAUGCUACGGUUAAUGGGAAUCGUAGGAGUAUUAUGAAGGGCAUAACUGUAACUGUAUCGAUCAACAAAGAUCGGAUUGUUGAAAUAUUUUUCCAUUUCUAUCUAUAUCCUAUGAGUAUGACUGCUUCAUUGGCAUAUAAAA